CGCCGCCGCCGCCGCGGCCGCUCAGAGCUGCGGCCGCUCAGAGCUGCGGCCGCUUCGCGACGCGAUUUUCCCUCCGCAAAACCCCCAAAAAAGCCCCAAAUAAACCCGAAGAAAAGCACCAAAUCCCUCCGGCCGCCCGGACAGCGGCCCCAGCGACCCCCCCAAGGCUUUUUUUGGGGUGAAAAGCGCUAUUUUUGGAUAUAACCCCCCCCGGCGCUGCGAGAAGAAAAAGAGCAAAACUUCGCGUUUUGCUUAGAAUUUCGCUUUGAAUUUCGCCUUAUUUUUGAGUCCCACCCCCCCCCGCCCCAUGGCCGGGGGCUCCAGCUGAGCUCCCCCCCCACCCCACCCCAGGGUGUCACUCGUGUCCCCAGUUGUCACCCCCCCCCCAAACCGCCGCGAUGUUCAGCUGGAUGCGCAAAAACCCCAAAAAAAGCCCCGAAACGGUUCAAACCGUAACCGAGGGGCUGAAAAACCUCUACAAAAAGAAGCUCCUGCCCGUGGAGGAGUUUUAUCGCUUCCACGAUUUCCACUCGCCCGCCCUGGAGGACGCGGAUUUUGACAACAAACCCAUGAUUUUGGUGAUGGGACAAUAUUCGACCGGGAAAACCUCGUUCAUUCGGUACCUGCUGGAGCAGGAGAUCCCGGGCAGCCGGAUCGGGCCCGAACCCACCACCGACUCGUUCGUCGCCAUCAUGCGGGGGGACAGCGAGGGGGUGACCCCGGGAAACGCGCUCAUCGUGGACCCCCAAAAACCUUUCCGGCAGCUGCACCCCUUCGGCAACGGCUUCCUCAAGCGGUUCAUGUGCGCCCACCUGCCCAAUCAGGUGCUGGAGAGCAUCAGCCUGAUCGACACCCCCGGGAUCCUGUCGGGGGCCAAACAGCGCGUGAGCCGCGGCUACGACUUCCCGGCCGUGCUGCAGUGGUUCGCGGAGCGCGUGGACCUGAUCAUCCUGCUGUUCGACGCGCACAAGCUGGAGAUCUCGGACGAGCUGGGCGAGGCCAUCCGGGCGCUGCAGGGCCACGAGGACAAGGUGCGCGUGGUGCUCAACAAGGCGGACGCCGUGGAGACGCAGCAGCUGAUGCGGGUGUACGGGGCGCUCAUGUGGGCGCUGGGCAAGGCGUUCGGCACCCCCGAGGUGCUGCGCGUCUUCAUCGGGUCCUUCUGGGCCGAGCCGCUGCUGGUGGCCGAGAACCGGCGGCUGUUCGAGCUGGAGGAGCAGGACCUGUUCCAGGACAUCCAGAACCUGCCGCGCAACGCCGCGCUCAGGAAGCUCAACGACCUGGUCAAGAGGGCGCGGCUCGUUAGGGUGCACGCGCACAUCAUGGGGCGGCUGCGCAAGGAGAUGCCGUCGGUGUUCGGGAAGGAGCACAAGAAGAAGCAGCUGAUCCAGAAGCUGCCGCUGCUGUUCGCGCGGAUCCAGCUGGAGCAGCACAUCCCGCCCGGGGACUUCCCCGACUGCGCACGCAUGCAGGCGCUGCUGCUGGCGCAGGACCUGUCGCGCCUGCCCGCGCUGAAGCCGCGGCUGCUGGAGGCGCUGGACGAGCUGCUCACGGCCGACAUCGCGGCGCUCAUGCCGCUGCUGCGCCAGGAGGAGCGCGGCGCGCCCGACGCGGGGGUGCAGGGCGGCGCGUUCGACGGCGCCCGCCAGGGCCCGUUCGGCGCCGACGAGGAGGACGAGGAGGAGGCGGCGGGGGCCGAGGAGGAGGAGGACGAGUGGGUGGUGACGAAGGACAAGGCGAAAUACGACGAGAUCUUCUACGGGCUGUCGCCGCUGGGCGGGAAGCUGAGCGGGCGGCGGGCGCGGGGCUGGAUGGUGAGCAGCAACCUGCCCAGCUCGGUGCUGGGGCGCAUCUGGCAGCUCAGCGACGUGGACCGGGACGGGAUGCUGGACGCCGAGGAGUUCGCGCUGGCCGGGCACCUCAUCGGCGCCAAGCUGGAGGGGAGGGGGCUGCCCGCAGACCUGCCCCCCCGCCUGGUGCCGCCGUCCAAGCGCCGGCCCAAGGGGUCGGCGGAGUGAAGGUGCCGCCGGGGGGGAGCGGCCGGGACCCCCAUCGAGCAGAGACCCCCAAGCAGAGACCCCCCCAUCGAACAGAGACCCCCCCAUCGAACAGAGACCCCCCCAUCGAGCAGAGACCCCCCCAUCGAACAGAGACCCCCCCAUCGAGCAGAGACCCCCCCGGGACCCCCCAUCGAGCAGAGACCCCCAAGCAGAGACCCCCCCGGGACCCCCAUCGAACAGAGACCCCCAAGCAGAGACCCCCAUCGAACAGAGACCCCCCCGGGACCCCCAUCGAGCAGAGACCCCCAAGCAGAGACCCCCCCAUCGAGCAGAGACCCCCCCGGGACCCCCAUCGAGCAGAGACACCCAAGCAGAGACCCCCAUCGAACAGAGACCCCCCCGGGACCCCCAUCGAGCAGAGACCCCCCCCGGGACCCCCAUCGAGCAGAGAGCCCCCCGGGACCCCCAUCGAGCAGAGACCCCCCCCGGGACCCCCAUCGAGCAGAGACCCCCCGGGACCCCCAUCGAGCAGAGAGCCCCCCGGGACCCCCAUCGAGCAGAGAGCCCCCCCGGGACCCCCAUCGAGCAGAGAGCCCCCCGGGACCCCCAUCGAGCAGAGACCCCCCCCGGGACCCCCAUCGAGCAGAGAGCCCCCCGGGACCCCCAUCGAGCAGAGAGCCCCCUGGGACCCCCAUCGAACAGAGACCCCCAAGCAGAGACCCCCCCCAUCGAGCAGAGACACCCCCGGGACCCCCCAUCGAGCAGAGAGAGACACCCCCUGGGACCCCCCGAUCGAGCAGGGAACCCCCAAGCAGAGACACCCCACCCCGGACCCCCCCAUCGAGCAGAGACCCCCCCGGGACCCCCCAUAGAGCAGGGAACCCCCAGAAAGAGACCACCCCCCGGACCCCCCUAUCGAGCAGAGACCCCCCCAGGACCCCCCAUCGAGCAGAGACACCCCUGGGACCCCCAUCGAGCAGGGAACCCCCAAGCAGAAACAACCCCCCCAUCGAGCAGAGACACCCCCGAGGACCCCCCGAAGAACAGACACCCCCCGGGGACCCCCCAUCGAGCAGAGAACCCCCAGGCAGAGAAACACCCCCCGGCACAAGGGGGUUCCCCACCCCAAUAAAGGACGGUGCGGCUGAUGGAGA